AUGGCCGUGCUAGAAGCUCCAUACGUAUAUAUCUCCUCACUUCCAUCUAAAGAUGUCCGCAAUCGCUUUAUUGACGCGUUGGACUAUUGGCUCAAGCUUUGUCCCGAAACAGUAGCGCAUGUUAAGCAGGUCACUGACCUGCUGCACAACGCCUCUCUGAUCCUUGACGACUUCGAAGACGAUUCCCCACUACGACGUGGCAAACCUGCUACACACACGAUCUUCGGGGCGGCCCAAUCCAUUAACACCUCAAACUACACUAUCACAAAGGCUAUUCGUAUGGUUCUAGGCUUCGUAGAACCAGCUCGGGCUCUAGAGAUUUUGGACAAGAUCAUGUCUCUAUUCCAGGGUCAGGCGAUGGACCUAUUUUGGAGUUACAAUAACCAUUGCCCCUCUCUAGACGAGUACUACCGUAUGGUGGACAACAAGACUGGACAGCUCUUUUGUAUCGCAACCUAUUUCAUGGUCACUGAGCUUCCGAAAGAUGUGCGUAGCGCACAAAUGCUCCUUGAAAGAUUCACGUUGCUUCUUGGGCGUUAUUUCCAGGUUCGGGAUGACUACCAGAACCUCAUGUCAGCUGAUUAUACCAGGCAGAAAGGGUUUUGCGAGGAUUUAGAUGAGGGAAAGUACACAGUUCCUCUGAUCUUUACUUUGCAGUCACAACCCCCGAACCUUAGAGUACUUCACAUACUUUCUAUUGGUAAGAGGACCGGAAAGCUAGCCAAAGAGCAGAAAGAUCUUGUUCUUAAGAUUAUUGAAGAGGCUGGCGGUUUCCAGUAUACCCGAUCCGUCUUGGCCGAUUUAUAUGGCCGACUUUGUGGCCAGCUUCAAGAGUUGGAGGUGAUGUUUGGCUCAUCCAACACAGACUUGAGAUGCUUGUUAGAGUUACUCAAAAUUUGA